GAAUGUCAACCAAGAUGUGGAAUAUAGCAAUUACCUAUGAUGGAUUAGAGGAAGAUGAUGAAGUCUUUGAAGUAGUUCUGAACUCCCCUGUGAAUGCUGUUCUUGGCACCCGGACAAAAGCUGUAGUGAAAAUUUUGGACUCAAAAGGAGGUCAGUGCAGCUAUUCCCAUUCUUCUGGCCAAAGCAAGCACGACUUCAGGGGGAGAGGCAUGCUGUUUCCAGUUUCCCCGGGCUCCUCAUCACCUCCCAAGCCUGGCAAUGCUCCCUUGGAAGGGAUCCCACUGCCUCCUUCCAAAGGGAUGAGAGAGCACGGAGAGGACCGGUGGUGGGAACACAGCUUGGCAAAUCAGUCAAGAACCAGGCUGAGAGUGACUGGAAAUGGCAGAAUAGUUCAUCCUUCAUCUGUAUUUAAAAAUGGAACGGAUGUGGUUUUCAAAUAUCAUGGGAUGGUAUCACUCAAAAUAGAGGAUGACACCUCAUCAGCUAAAGCAAACAAGAAAGCUCAAGUGUCAGUAAUUAACCAAGCACAGCCACAGAUAAAUGUUGUCUCCUCCAAGAACACAGAAAUCCCACAAGCUGAUAAGACAGAACUGGCAUCUGAACCAAGCUCAAGACAUCAGGACUUUUACUCUUUUCCAAAAGCCUGUACACCAGAUUUAAAGGGUCUCUUGCAUUAUGAAGAAAGCACUCAAACGUUAUUUCAGUGUGAUGGGAUAAUAUGGAAAUUUUGGAAUUCCCAAAGCAAGGAGGUAAGCAUGAAGAAAUGUCCCUCCGGAUGGAGUCGUCAUGAGGGCAGCUGCUACCUCCUAGUAGUGAAUCACAAGGUCACCUGGAACACUGCUGCUCGGGCUUGCAGAGAACAAUACCUGGGGAGUCUAGCAAGUGUGGCUAAUGAACAACACAUGCAGUGGCUGUGGGACUUCAGUGGGAGGAAGCCCUUUUGGAUAGGCUUGAAUGACCAAGUCAAUCCUGGACAUUGGGAGUGGAACGGAGGAGAACCUGUAACAUACGUAAACUGGAGAAGAGGCUCCUACCACUUUCCAAAGAGAGGAAGAAACUGUGCAUUGGUGCAGAAGCGAGGAAAAUGGCAAGCAACUGACUGCAGGAAGGUCAAACGGAACAGCUAUAUAUGUUCAAGAAAGCUGUAAAGAAUGGAGGAUCCCUGUGAAAGCAUGUGGACAUUCAUGUUGUUUCAGUUUUCUUUAUCUGCAGACAUGUGAGAGUAUGCAGUUACAAAACUGUCCUAAUUAUCAGCAAGGUUUAUUUUAUAUGCUGCCAGAGGUGCAGAUGCAUUGGACCCUAACUACGGAAUAGAGGUCAGUUGCAGAGAUUAAGUCCAGGUUAAGGUUGUGAACUC